AGUUUACCUUCAGCCUUCCGAUGCUUUAGAGCGCAUGCAUCGGUUGACGUGGAGUGAGAUUUUUAUUGCAUUUAUUAGUGAAUAUGUGUAUUGUAACUUCAAUUUUGAUAUUAACUUACAAGAUCAAAUAAUACAAGAAAGUGUAUUGUACGUUGAUCUAGCUAAUAUAAAACAAAAGCUAAUUAUCAACAUUCUAUGUUUUAUCUAUAUCUACAUUUAAUUGAUAUCAUACAAACAUAUCGUGCAAACAAAUAAUACAGGGCAUUACUGUGUCUAAACAGACGUGUAUUGUGUUAAAGUUUGUAUUAAUAUUUGUGACACAAAGAAAUGGGAACAACUUCAAAUUGAAGUAACAUAAAUAAAAAUGGCAGAUAAGAAACAAAGAGAAGAUAUAAAAGAAAAGAAGGAAGAGAAACCGUUGAACGAUGAUAUCGAAAAGAAAACCAAGAAGAAGACCUUUAGAGAAAGGUUAAGGCAUAUAAAAAAUAAUAUAACCGUUGAACCAUUAUUAGCAGGUUUGAUUAUACCAAGUGUUAUAUCAAGAUUUGCUAUGUCGAAUUUCAAUUUGGACAAAGCGUGCAGAGUGAACCUUGACUUUGGAGAUGAAAUUUGCACCGCACUUGUAAAAAGAACGUCUAACAACUAUACAGUUUGGGAGAAAGAAGUGCAAAAGUUAAUAUCAUCAAUAGAUAUUUGGAAAAGUGUUAUACAUACUUCAUUGCCGUGCAUCAUAAUAAUGUUCUUAGGAGCUUGGAGCGAUAGGACUGGGAAAAGAAAAAUUUGCAUCCUCUUGCCGAUUUUCGGAGAAUUCGUUACAUCAAUUAACAACCUGAUUAACGUAUAUUUCUUCUAUGAAAUACCAGUGCAAGUGACAGUAUUUUUAGAGACUAUAUUUCCAUCAAUAACUGGAGGUUGGGUGACGAUGUUUCUGGGAGUUUUCAGUUACAUUAGUGACAUCACUUCUGAAGAAUCAAGGACAUUUAGAGUUGGUAUGGUAAACUUCUGCCUCACAGCCGGAUUACCCGUGGGUAUUGGAUUGAGUGGAAUUCUCCUACAAAGACUUGGAUAUUAUGGAAUAUUUUCAGUAACUGCUGUACUUUUUUGCGUCGUUCUUACUUAUGGAUGUUUCUUCUUGAAAGAACCGAACGACUGGCUUCGAGACAACGGUCGCCCAGUGAUAGAACGUGCAGAGACACCUAAGGUUUCCUUCUUCAAUGUGUCGCACGUAGUCGAGACGGUAGAUGUCGCUACUCGACGCCGUCCUUCCAACAGACGUGUGAAAGUUAUUCUGACAUUGCUCAGUGUCUUCAUUUUGUAUGGACCAUCGAUGUCGGAGCACACAAUAUUUUAUCUAUUUGUGCGAAAUCGCCUUAACUGGGAUAUGGUCAAAUAUGGUCUUUAUGCAAGUUACUCCAUCCUGUUACAUUCCUUUGGUGCUAUGUUCUCAAUCACAAUAUUAAGCAAACGACUGCAAAUCGACGACUCUUUCCUCUGCUUGCUCUCAAUUAGCAGUAAGUUCUUCGGCUCCAUUUGGACUGCGUUCGUACAGUCAGACAUCGAAAUGUAUUUAAUUCCAGUUGCUGAAAUACUGAAUGCUACAACAUUCACAUCGCUGCGGUCAAUCAUAUCCAAGUUGGUUGAUAAACAAGAAACUGCUAAAGUGAAUUCAUUGUUUUCACUAACUGAGACGCUCGGCUCGCUCGUGUUCCAUCCGUUCUACUCGUGGGUGUACAUGCGGACGCUGCACGCGCUGCCGGGGGCAGUGUUCCUCAUUAGUGCGGCCUUCAUUGUUCCCGCCGCCUUCAUUCUUACAUAUUUCUACACACAACACAGAAGAGAAUUGAGAAAUGCGAGAAAAGUCGCGUUAGAAAAUCAAGAGAAAAAUGAUGCACAGAAUUCAAAACCACAAAUAAGCAAUAAUUUACCAGAGACGAUUGGACGGAUAGAGACUGAAUUUGAAAAAUCGAAAUUAUAAAGCCAUAUUUGUUAAUUAUUUUUAAUCGUAAUAUAUGAAACGUUUUAAAA